ACAUGAUAAAACAAGGAACCGACCGUUCGGUCGGUAAACACAGCGAGAGGAAGAAAAGAAAAAACCCUAGAUAAAACACUUUUUAAGGAGUAUUUUUCGUGUACUUACUAUGCCCACAGCAGACCGCGAACCAUGACUCUGUGCGGGCGCGUUUUCGCCUGUGCCCCGGGCGUUUGGUUGUGUUUGCUCCUCGGGGUCUCAUCCGGAUCGCCUCCGCCAAGGCAGCGGCAACGGACUCUGAGUCUGGACGGCAAAUGGAGUCUUUCGAACGCCAAUGGCUCGCUGUCGCUGCCCGCAGAGGUGCCCGGAUGCGUCCACUCAGCUCUGCGGCGACAGGGCUACAUCCAGGACCCAUAUUUUAGGUUCAACGAUGUGUCCUAUCGAUGGAUUGCUCUCGACAACUGGACAUACACAACCACGUUCAAUGUGUCUGCACAAGUGAGGACCAGACAGAAGGUGCUGCUCGCCUUUGACGGCCUGGACGCUGUCGCAUCGGUUUGGCUCAGUGGAGUCAUUGUGGGCAACACGGACAACAUGUUUCGUAGAUAUGACUUCUCAGUCAGAGAGCUGCUGAAGGACGGGGGCAAUGUGCUGAAAGUUAGCUUUCUGUCUCCAGUUCUUUACGCGUCCGAACGGAGGGACGCUCAUUCUGCCCGCAGAGUUCCGCCUGAAUGUCCCCCAGAUGUUCAGAAGGGGGAGUGUCACGUCAAUUUCAUCAGGAAAGAGCAAAGCUCUUUCAGUUGGGACUGGGGUCCUUCGUUCCCCACCAUGGGACUGUGGAAAGGAGUUCGACUGGAGGCGUUUGAUGUCCUGCAGCUCCACCAGGUUUCCUCUGUUCCUCUAUACAAUUUCAGUCUGUCUCAGUGGAGAGUCCAGGUUGAGCUUCUUGUCGAUGCAGUUCAGGCAACAAAUUGCCAAGUCACUGUCUCCAUACCUGAUCUGGACUCAGAGCAGACCUUCCAGACCCAGUUUCUCUCUGGGAAGACCAAGAACACCUUCACCUUGCACAUAAACAAGGGCAGCCAGGUGAAGCUGUGGUGGCCCAGCAGACACGGCGCCCAACCCUUUUACCAGCUGACUGUCAGGGGUUUUCAGGAUGGUUUUUUAAUCCUGAAUACAGAGUCCAAGGUGUAUUUUCGUACAGUGGAACUCGUCCAGGAGCCAGUUGCUGGGUCCCCAGGCCUCAGCUUCUAUUUCCGCAUCAAUGGGAAAGCAAUUUUCCUCAAAGGCUCCAACUGGAUCCCAGCCCACUCCUUCCAGGACCAGAUCUCCCCUGCUGUUUUGAGGAACUUGUUGCAGUCAGCGGUAGAUGCUAACAUGAACACCCUCAGGGUCUGGGGAGGAGGAGUGUAUGAACAGGAUCUUUUCUAUAGUAUCUGUGAUGAACUGGGAAUCAUGAUUUGGCAGGACUUCAUGUUCGCCUGCGCCAUGUAUCCCACCGACGACGACUUCAUACAGACAGUAAGAGAAGAGGUCAUCCAACAGGUUCGGCGCCUCAAGUCUCACCCCUCUGUAAUAAUUUGGAGUGGGAACAACGAAAAUGAGGCUGCUCUGGCAACAGACUGGUUCAAUAUCCCAGCUUCCCAGAGGCCCGCAUACGUUAAAGACUACGUGACGCUGUAUGUGAACAACAUAAGGGAGAUUGUGCAAGAAGAGGACCAGAGUCGGCCGUUUCUCGUCUCCAGCCCGACAAAUGGGGCUGAAUCGGAGCAGGAGGGAUGGGUGGCAGCGAACCCCUACGAUCCUCACUACGGGGACACCCAUUUCUACAGCUACAGCCUCGAUUGCUGGGAUUGGCGGACUUUCCCUCGAACGCGUUUCGCCUCUGAAUACGGCUUCCAGUCCUGGCCGUCCUUCUCCACUCUGCAGCCGGUUUCCAUAAAAGAAGACUGGAGCUACGACAGUAAUUUCACUGCCCAUCGCCAGCACCACGAGGGCGGGAACCAGCAGAUGUUACAGCAGGCCGCUUUACACUUCAACCUGCCGAACUCCACGGAUCCCCUAAAAAGAUUUGCAGACACUCUCUACAUCACUCAGGUCAUGCAGGCUCAGUGUGUGAAGACUCAGACGGAGUUUUAUCGGCGGAGUCAGACUGAGAUCAUUGAGGGCAAAGGUCACACUAUGGGCGCUCUCUACUGGCAGCUCAAUGAUGUUUGGCAGGCGCCUUCCUGGUCGUCACUCGAGUUUGGUGGGAAGUGGAAAGUGCUGCAUUACUUUGCACAGAACUUCUUUGCCACCGUCCUUCCUGUCGGGUUCGAGGAUGCAGACACACUGUUCAUCUACGCCGUCUCAGACCUGAGCCACGAACUGAAGCUCAGGGCUGUGGUGAGCGUGUACUCCUGGGCUGAUCUGGACCCUGUGUGCACGCUGAAGUCUGAGAUGCUCCCGGUCCCUGGAGGCAGCGCUUUGGCCAUUUUCAAACAGCCAGUCCCCGCCCUGCUGGCAGGGUGCGGUCGCUGCACCCGGCAAACCUGCGUGCUCACCUUCCACCUGGAGGACAGCGGCGGCCAGCAGGGUCCCGCCAACCACCACUUCCUCUGCUCACCCAAAGAUGCUCAGGGACUCCGCAGACCAAACAUCACAGCCAAAGUGCAGGAAGAUAAGACCGGCUUCACCGUUACCCUCCACUCGGCCUCUGUGGCCCCCUUUGUCUGGCUCGACGUGGGAGACGUCCCCGGACGCUUCAGCUCCAACGGCUUCCUGAUGGUUUCUAGAAACGUGACGGUCGGUUUUAACGCGUGGCGUCCCACCAGCGUCGCAGAACUCUCCAGAUCCCUCGCCGUCACAUCUUUAACUGACGUCUACUGACCUGAGACCAGCUAGAAUCCACGUCGAGGCGUACCAAAGUACGAAGGCGGUGGAUGGGAAAGUGGUGACGUCCUGUAUCGGAACAGGCACAGGCCCUGUUCUCUUGUUCGGCUGGUAAAUGAUCAUCGAAAAGUGUCUUUUAAAAGAGAUACUAUGGCUGAGGCUCGGUCCUUGUGCCAAAUUGCCCAAACUGUUUUCUUGUCAGACAAAUUAGAAAGUAGGAAGAAGCAGGGAAACUCUGGGACAUAUCAGGCCUUUACACGAGGCUUUCAUUCACGCAAAAACCAUCAGACAAAUGAAUGUAACAAAGACUAACACAAUUUUACUGAAGAUGCGGAAGAUGAACUGGCCAAUAUUAGCCUGGUUCCAAACCUCUAAAUCGCCCACAUCUUAGGCCUCUUUGGCAAUUUAAAUGGAUGAAUUACAAAUGAGGUGAAAUGAAACAGCAAAACUGUCUGCUUAUACGUCUAAGCCACUAUCUGAUAUUUAAUAAAAUUCCAAUACUGUCACUGACAUUGAUCAAAACCUAAGAUGUCUUCCUGUACUCACCGUUAAGUUGCUGUUGCAGAGGGGAGAUGUCAUCUGGACUGGGUUUCAUGUGAUACAUGAUGGUAUAUUCUGCACUGAAAACUAUUUUCCUUUUCUGUGCUUUGCAUUUUUGCACAUUUUUCAGAUAAUGAACAGAGCAAAGACUGUUAUACUUGACAUCGUGGAUGUGGUGUAUCACACACAGGGCUGUCCAAACAAUUGUAUUGUUUUGCAUUCGUUCUCGAUUUAGAUCAGUUUGUAAAUAUUGUUGCUUUUGACAUGUACGUGUUUUUCUGCUGAUCAGAGUCGCAUCAGUCGAACUGUUGGGUUGAAUGCUCUUUGCAGACGCUGUAAGUUAAGGAACUGAGUAAUAAACACUUCCUCUUGCUCAAAAA